GGGGCCUCGAGGAGGCAGGCGAGUCGUCUGGCCACCCCCGCCUCCGAGGCUUUCCAGCGGGACCAUCCGGAGGAAAGGCAAGAACAAAACAUAAACAAACGUGGCUUAACCUACAGCGGACAAGAAGAACCUGUGUCCAAGUCCCAUCGCUUUUCCCUGGCGUCAUCUCCCAAGUCUAAUGGUGCUGUUGGAAACCCAAACAGCAGAUCCUCUAUUUCAGAAAGCUCAAGCAAGGACGGUAACCUGUCUCCUCACCCCGGGGAGCAGUCAGGAGGGGAAGAGAGCCCCAGGUCCUUGUCAUCCUCUGAUCUGGAAUCAGGAAAUGAAAGUGAGUGGGCCAAAGACUUCACCGCCGCCAGAUCUCGCCUUCUCCCAGUCUCCUUGAGACCAAGAGACCCUCUUGAUAUCCUUACCAAGAUUUUCCCAACUUACCGGCGCAGCUGGUUAGAAGGCAUUCUACAGUUCUGCAAAGGGGAUGUGGUCCAAGCCAUUGAACAGGUCCUCAAUGGGAAAGAACACAAGUCAGAUGCCAGGGAGCUAGCAAGCUCGGGAGGAUCUGAACCAAUGCCCUUUCAACGAGCUUCUAAUUUUAGUCUAGCUGGAAUUGGUUUUGGAACUCUAGGGAAUAAAUCAGCUUUCUCUCCUAUUCAAACCACGUCUGCUUCAUAUGGAGGUGAUUCCAGUCUCUACAGCAUAAAUCCGAGACUAGGUAUCAGUCCAUUGAGGCUGGCCUAUUCCUCUCCAGGAAGAGGGCUACCUGGUUUGAUGUCACCCUACUUAACGUCUGGGUUGGUACCUGCAUUACCUUUCCGGCCAGCUUUGGAUUAUUCCUUUUCAGGAAUGAUUAGGGAUUUUUCUUACCUGCCCAGCAAAGAGUCUUGUGGUGGACUGUAUUCCAGACUCAAUCAGGAUAGUCAUUAAUAUCUCUUCCCACACUCCUUUUCUGGAGGAGCUGUAGCAACAUACAGCAACACACACACUGUCAACAAAUGAACAAAUGUAGUGUCAAUAUCUACAAAUGGAUUAUUGACCUUCAAAAUACUAUUUUCAUAAACAUUAGAACAGACUUUAAAUGUCUUCAGCGAUUAAGUGGAGGAAACAUUUGAACCUGAUACGUGCCUUGAAUAAAGCUAUAUCAAGAAAUCCUUUUUACUUUAUCCUAAAAAAUACUCUCUAAAAUAUUAGCUGUAAAAUUCCUAUUUUAAAAAUAUACUUGUUUUUAUUUUAUUAUAUUAAUUGGAGUAUACAGUAUAGUUUUAAAAUUAUUCUGCAAGUGUAAAGCAAUAAAGUGCGCCAAAAGAAAGAGUUUGAGAUAAUUGAGAUAAUUUUAAUUCUUAUUUUUAAAUGUUUUCUUUUCUGUUUCUUGCUCC